UCCAGCUACGAGUUGUUCCUUCCUGUGGGAAAGCCUGCUCUGGACCUCUAGUGUAGAACUUACUGUCGAGGCAUACGAUUGUGGUCGUCGCUUGUUGACGGGCAUGGGAGGACAUUACGGUAGGGUCGCUGGUUGGUCUCGCAAUAUCAGUUGCGAUGUCUUUGUGUUGGACUCAUGCCGUGGAUCGAUGGAGCAUUUGAAGUGUGACAAGAGUCUUGAUCUGCAUGAGUGCUGUUACUACCUUGGAGUGAGUCGACAGUGAGAGGCGUUUUUAUUCGUUUUUCGUUCUUGUUUUUACCGUUUUUUAUUUUUUUAAUUAUUUUUAUUUUUUUAAAUUCUUUCUUUCCAUGAGUUGAUCGGCCCGCUCAAGAUACUUGCGAGCUUUCCUUGGUCGUCAUCGAAGGUGGCGCCGACGUCGUGAUUGAGAGGAGUAGGUGUCGAUGCGGAAGUGCGAACGACGUCUCUCGGAAUCACAACUCGGUGGUGGUGUUUGCUCCAGCUGCGUAGAGGAGAGACCCGCAGCGCUGUGGAGAGGGACGAACUUUAGUUUUAGUGGGAAAGAAUCCGACGCCGUGUGUAGCUGCCUCAGAGUCGCUUCGUUUCGGAAUUAACAGAGCUGAUCCGCACGCGUUAGCAGUACAGGAAGCUGACUGCUCUUUGGGGAGUGCAGAGGACGAAUUUCAACUAAAUGGAGAGGCAAGGGUUUUAUCACAGAUUUUUACCGACGGCAUCAAUGGUAGUCAUGGGGAUGGUAACGGUUUAAGUCCGGCGUUAUUCAUGCCUUUGGAAUUUGACACCGUGGAUCGUAGCAAGAGCGACCCCGACGGGACUUUCAGAAACGCCGGAUCUCCAAAUCUGCAUUUAGAAUUCCUCGAAAAACUCUGUCAUGGUUGAAUGGACUGAGUUUCAUGCUGGUCGACGCAGGAAUUCUGACAUGGAGCUCCAUUCUCGGAGGCCAAUGAGCCGGAGCUUCGAUUCCGCGGAGCCCAAGCCUAUUAUUGACGUGAUCAUGGAUUGUGGAACUGCCCGGCGCGUGCAAAUUCAGUCCAACCCUCGAGUAACGAUCUUGAAGGAACACAAAAUGCGGUCUCGGUCAAUGCCACUAGAGAACGGGAGUGCGGAAGAAACAGCUCUUCGCGUUAUUCGAGAAUGUCUGGCCGAUGAUCUCUACUCGGACGACCUUGACUACAUCGCUAAUAUCGAAGCCGUGCAAAACUGCGACGGCGAUGGCUAUGGCGGUGCCGGAAGCUUGCAGAACAAGAUGACAGGACAGGGUUGCUUCAGCCCAAAGUGGCAAAGCAGCCACAAGUGGGUAAAGGUGCUCAUAAGCCCCAUGAUGUCGAGGAACCGAGUGUUUCCGAGCCGAUCUAAGGAGGUUCGUAAAGGGAAGGGCUCCAGUAAGAGGCUAACGCGAUUCCCUUCUUCCGAUUGGAGUCGCAAAGACGCGAAUGACGAUAAAUUGUCGCCGCACUGGAGAAAGCAAGCGAAGACUGGCUCGAAGACUACCAUACGGAGCUCUGUGCUGUCGUGGUUACAGCCGGAUGCAGCCAAGCCAAGGCCAAAGAAACAGAAGCAAAUGGAGCUGUGCACAUCGUCGUCUUCGUCUUGCGGAAUGAGUCAUUCGGGAUUCACGGAUCCGUGGCUCAAAGAUCUUAUAACGGUAGGGCACUUGCACGAGAUUGCCGAAGAGCAUGAGAUCUUCAGUGAUGAUGAAGCGGACAAUUUGGAAAGUAUCAACUCGUUUGGAAAGUUCCUUCUGAUUGCUGCUCAGAGACAACCUAAGGCAGGCCUCACACGUAUUUCAAGUGCAACCUUCUGACCUGCUAAUGACGCCGCAAUUUUCUCUCAACGUAUGCUAUUAGUAGAACGCUCGGCGAGCCUCGGGGUUAACUGAUGCCCCCAAGUUGUAGAAUACUGUCUGAGAAUACAACCGGAUAGAGAUUUCAAUUCCACUUUCAAAACAUAAAGAGCAACCAUGCUCUUAGGUCGGAAAUGGGCACAGAUGGGGAUCUGCAUCCCCUCUCCACGAUUGUAUUUGACACCGAUAUUUGCAAGUGAAAUCGAUAUGGUGCUCGGGGAAUAAAAUCCUGCCCUGCAUCAAUUCUGUAAA